AGGCCGAUGGAGCCGGUGGAACCCGCCCCGCUGGGAGGGGGGGGGUGCCGAGGCGCGAACUUCCGCCGCCGGCGCCGCCUCCUGCCGCGGUGGUCUGGCGCCCGCGGCUAGGGGACCGAACCGUCGUGGGCUCUCGGACGCGGGCUCCGGAGUCCAUUCCUAGCGCUCAGCCGCAGGCGCGGAGGUCGGAGCUCACCUGCGGAGCGGGCGCCUGCGCGUGGGGAGGAGGAAGGGCAUGGGCAGAGCCUGAGUCACCCGCGCUCCAGCCUGUACACGGUGGCCCCUGGCUGGGGUGAAGCUCCCCCGUCUUUAUUCUUGUCCCCCAGCGCGGUGUGGGCUGCCGGCUGCAGGAUGAACUGUCGCUCGGAGGUGCUGGAGGUGUCGGUGGAAGGGCGGCAGGUGGAGGAGGCCAUGCUGGCCGUGCUGCACACCGUGCUCCUGCACCGCAGCACGGGCAAGUUCCACUACAAGAAGGAGGGCACCUACUCCAUCGGCACCGUGGGCACCCAGGAUGUGGACUGUGACUUCAUCGACUUCACCUACGUGCGUGUCUCCUCUGAGGAGCUGGACCGUGCCCUGCGCAAGGUUGUCGGGGAAUUCAAGGAUGCACUGCGCAACUCUGGGGGUGAUGGGCUGGGGCAGAUGUCCCUGGAGUUCUACCAGAAGAAGAAGUCUCGCUGGCCUUUCUCAGACGAAUGCAUCCCCUGGGAGGUGUGGACGGUCAAGGUGCAUGUGGUAGCUCUGGCCACAGAGCAGGAGCGGCAGAUUUGUCGGGAGAAGGUGGGUGAGAAGCUCUGUGAGAAGAUCAUCAACAUCGUGGAGGUGAUGAACCGGCACGAGUACCUGCCCAAGAUGCCCACGCAGUCGGAGGUGGACAACGUGUUUGACACAGGCUUGCGGGACGUGCAGCCCUACCUCUACAAGAUUUCCUUCCAGAUCACUGAUGCCCUGGGCACCUCGGUCACCACGACCAUGCGCAGGCUCAUCAAAGACACCCUUGCCCUCUAGGCCUUACUGGGGCCGUGGGCUCUCCUUGAUGGCUUGCAGACCUUGGCUUCUGGGGAUCGUACCGUUGGCCCCUUGGGGCUCGGGAACCUGCCCCAGGUCCUUGAUGAGACUUGGAAUGGCCACCCCUGGCUUCCUUGUUUUGUGGUUGCCAGUCUCUGGUCAUUCUUUUAACCUUGGCUGAUGGUCAAGUCUGGCCUUCACUGUCUCUCCACACCCCUGGUGGGGGUUCCCCUUCCUUCUCUGCUGUAUGGAAGAGCCAUCGCUAGGAUGGUGAAUAAAGUUGAGAAUGUGAGUUCAGGUUGA